CGAGUGGGAAACUCCAACAUGGCCGCCAUCUAUUCAAAUGGGGGUAACCGCUGGAAUAUUCUUGGCUUCAAUUUUACCAAAAGAGAUGCGCCAUCUAGUUUAUAUAAGAUAUCUAUGAUCUUCACAAGUUGUGAGAUUUUGAUGUGCGUAAACGGCGCCUUAAAGUCUCGAUCGAUUUUUUCCAGGAAAAAGACAAGAAGGAAGAUGAUUUUAUUUUACGAGUUGCGCUGAAAGUUGCUGGUAAACUAUCGGUCGACGAUCCUUUAGAAAUAAUUGAGCGUCUCGUGAAUUUAACCUCCAAUUAUCUGGUAGCGAAAAUGAACGCAAGCCAUGAUCGUGUCAACGACUUUCAAUCAAAACUUCUAGGAGCGGUCACAAAGGUAUGAAGUACGGUGUACUACCAUAGUAAUAUGAUCUAUAUUAACCAUGAUUUAUGUAUCUAAAGCUAAUGUACAGUCCUAACACACUCUUCCCUGUCAAGCUACGGUCAGGAACAACACAAGUGUGCUCAUCUAACCUGCACCACCUGAUAACACCCAAUUUCUAUAGGGCCCCAACAGUGUGUGAGAAAACAUUUUCCGCUUCUUUCAUAGACGAGCAGGUUUUCUUAGUCCAGCAGGUUUUCAAUCAUACUGUAGACGAGCAGGUUUUCUAUGACAAAUUUUCAUAUGGCAUGUUUUAUGUUGGACCACCCGCCACCCACCCCCCCUCCCCCCUAGGUCACUCAGUGGCAUCUACAGUAUGUUCGCCUAUCGUUCAUAUCUUAUAUUUUUCCUUCACAGAUUCUAAACGAACCUGUUCUAAAAUACGAACCACCUGUGAACAAGUCCCUGCAUGCCGCAUCUAAAGGUAUUGACGAAAGUAAAGUGAUCCAGGCGUUAGAAGACUUACUGGAAGGACCUUUAAAAAAAUACAUCUGUUUUUCAUCGCUUCUUUUGAAAAAAUGUAGUGGGCCGUUUCUAUUAUUAUUUUUUAGAAAGUAGGUAGGCUAUUUUGCCCUUAAAAAGCGGAUUAAAGGCUGUUUUCUAUUUGAUACACUUCGUUUGUCCAAGAAAUAGCCACAGGCAAGACCUAUUACACGUUGGAAAUUCAAAACUAAGAAUGGUCAAAGCUUGGAACGCUCUACUUCCUUUUGCAGUAUUUUUGAUUUUUUUUUUGCAUUGGACUAGUAGAGCAUUGGACUAGUAGAGCAUUGGACUAGUAUCCCAAAGGUCGCGGGUUCGAUUCCCACCGUGGCCAAGCAAACUUUUCAGCUUGCCCGGUGUGGAUACAUACUCAGAGUAACCGCACAAACAUCAGUAUUUUUGAAGUUCAUUGAAAUUUUUAAGUGAAUUCUUCAAUCUCUGUCCUGUUUGCGAGACCAUUCCGUACUCUGCUAGCAUAUAACGUCAAUUUUUUAGGGGGCGGGCGACGAUGAAAAAUAGAAUUAUUUUUUUAAUUGUUGAAGGGAAUUGUAGAUGAAAGCUCGAGUGGAAUUUGCAUUUUUCGCAACAGCUCCUGGUUACAGUAGGUCUAUAAAUGUAUUAUAAAAAUUCCACUCGGAAUUGCCAUCUAAAAAUCUCUUCAACAAUUAUUUAUAAUGAUAUUUACCCGAACUCAUGAUAUUUACUUUUUAAAUUGGCCUUAUCUCAUUGCUUUUGUCUCUUUCUUUAGAAAAUGAAGUAUCGAAAAUUUCUCAACUGGUAAAGAAUAAGGUGGUUAACAAUGAUAUUUAUCAUUCUCUUUUAUCCAUUUCUGAACUACCGUAAGCCUAGUUGUACUAAGGUGUUACAUGUAAUACCGUAUCAAGUUUUUCAUGGCCGUUUCUCAACAAAUUAUUUCAGUAUGUGCCUGAAGCUUUCCAAAAAUCACAAGAGAAAAAAGACGAGGCUAAAGAUAAAAGGUAUACUUUGAUUCGAAUGAUAAGCAGGGCCAUCGGAAGCGAGGGGAAGGAAGAGGCCCAAUAAUUUCCACACCCAUGAGGAUUCUAUUUCUUUUCAUAAAUAAUUCUUUCUUGCAAUCAACUUAUAUUAUCGUUGAUAUUUCGGUAAAAAACUCACUAAUAUAGUUCAUGACGAAAUACAAAAUAAAUCACUGCCGUGUAUAUAUGUAAUAAAAAAAUCAUGUUCAUUUGCAUAUAAACUAUAGCUAUGAUUUUCUGAGCUUAGGCAACGUUUAGUUUUUAAAUUACUUCGCCAUGAACUCAUCAGAUGGGUCGUUUUUUAAGCCAUUUAAAACAUUCGCAGUUCGUGCUUUGUCAGAUAUAAAACACUCGAGCUGCGCUCUCGUGUUUUAUAUCUGAUAAAGCACUCCUGAUCGUGUCAGGAAGAACAAUUCAAUUCAUACUGUACAUCAGUAGGAACAAUUCAUUCAUAACUUCAUACAUACAUACAGAGCAAACGUAGAUUCAAAACAAAGAGGAUGAAAUUGUAGAAAGUUAUGCAGUGCAUUGCUAGAUCUUGAAGUGAAAUGCACGGAAUUCACAAUAACCAUUUGCUUCCGACGGCACUGAUGUAAGUGUCCCCAAAACUUUACUAAUGCAUUUUACUGUUAUGCAAAUGCACUCAUGCAGUAUUUAAACAUCUUAUCUAUAAGAUUAAAAUUAAUUUACAAAAUAGAAAUAGUUUUCAAUAAUAUUCACUGUGCUUUAAAAUGUCUCCCAGAUCGUUUGACGAGCUUCCAAAGGAUGAGGAUGGUGUUUUAUUUGCGUUAUUGGGACAUCUUGAAGUAAGAAAUAAUAUUAUUACCAGAUAUUUAUAAUCGUCAUUGUCGUCAUCGUCAUUAUUAUUAUCAUCAUAAAAAAUCAUCAUGAUAAAUAUUAAUGAUCAUCAUCAUAAAUAUCGAUGAUUAUCAUUAUGAUAAUAAAUAUUUAUGCCGCUGCCAUAUUAUUGUGAUCAUCAUCAUUAUUAAUAUUCAUGAUCAUACCAAUAAAUUAAUAUGAUUAUGAACAUAAUUACUAUCAUUAUGCUAGUACAUGAUCAUGACUAUUAUUAUCUUCAAGUUACCACGUUUCCUACUUUAUAGUCUGGCAUCUUUAUUCUUUAGACUAGCAAUGUUUAAUUAAUUUAUAAAUUUGGUUUGUAAAGUUUUCAAGAGUAAAUGUUAGAAUUGAAUAUAUUUAAAAUAAUUAAAACAUAAUUCAACUUCACCCAACCUGAAGUUUAUCACGGAUUCAGAAACACUUAUAUAGGUUUUCUCUUUUCAGAAAUGGUGGCAUCAAGACAAAAAGGGGUUUGUUCAAUAUAUUUUUCGAAGUUGAUGAAAACAAAACUCAUAUACUACUUUUAAACUUAUAUAUAACUAUAUAAGUACAAAUUACGUUGUAGCCCUCGGCAGUCAUAGGCGUACGAGACAGGGGGGGGGCAACUACACUCCCCAAUUUUUGGAAAACCAUGGAAAUUCGGGCAAAUGCUAGAAGAGAAUCAAGAAAAUUCGGGCAGAUUUAUCACACAAAGUUAAAUUCAGGUAAUUUAAUUACCGUACAAUCCUCCAUAAAAAUUCAGGCAAACUUUCAACUGCCCCCCUAGAAAGCAUCAGCCGCGUACGCCUAUGUCGGCAGUGUUAUUCUCUAACAGAUUUGCAGUAUCCAUAACAUCACAAACAUAAAUUGUAUAUUUUUAUAAUUUCAAUUCAUUGCAGCUUGGCGCAAGCCAAAAUGCAAAAGAAAUAUUUGAAAGGGAUUUUAUUGGAUACACUUGCGUUGAGGAAGAAAUAUAUAUUGGAAACAGAGCAGAAACAACAACACAAUGAGUCACAGUCAGACACUGCAGAGGAAAAAGAAGAUACAAAGGAGAAGCAGAGAGAGGAGAAAGAACAAAGAGAAGAAAAGGAGAAAGAGGAGAAAGAACGAAAAGAGGAAAAAGAGAAAGAGGAGAAAGAACAAAAAGAGGAAAAAGAGAAAGAGGAGAAAGAACAAAAAGAGGAAAAAGAGAAAGAGGAGAAAGAACGAAAAGAGGAAAAAGAGAAAGAGGAGAAAGAACAAAGAGAGGAAAAGGAGAAAGAGGAGAAAGAACAAAAAGAGGAAAAAGAGAAAGAGGAGAAAGAACUCCAAAAGGAAAUAGAAAGAGACGAGAAAGAACUCCAAAAGGAAAAACAGAGAGAGGAGAAGGAAGAAACAGAGUCAGAAAAGCCGACACAUGCUGAGCCAACAAAAAAAGCGACAAAUAAGCCUACUAACAUCCACACAACAGAAAAGGAUAAAAACCAACCAAUAGAAAAGAAGCCAACAAAACAAGCGACAAAUAAGCCUACUAACAUCAACACAACAGAAAAGGCUGAAAACCAAACAAUUGAAAAGAGAGAUUUUAUAUCAGAUUUCGUGGAAAAGAAAAUCGGAGAAGUAAAAGCUAAAAUACAACAGGUAUGUCACUAUGUUCGCUAUUCAUGUUAAACCCAACCUUGUGCCCAGGAUUUAAACCUUGCCAACAACUAUUUUGAACAAAACACAAAAUCAUAUUUUUUCUUUGAAAUUAAAAAAGCAGCAACAAAAAGGGAAAGAAAAGACAAAAGAAAAGAAACAGAAUAAACAAAAUUCGAAGGUAUGUACAGGACUUUGUCAGAGGUUCCCACCUCAAAAGACCCCCGCCCCCAAAGCCCCUUUGAAAUUUCUUGAUACAAAUUGCUCAGCUGAGAAAAAAAACACUGGCUGCGUCAGUGCCAUUUAAAAGUUAAAGCACAUUUUGACUUUGAAUUUGGAGUUACUGUAGCCCCUUAGACUAUGGAGAAUAAGGGGCGGACCAUUAGAAAAGUGAUGGGGGGGGGGGGGCCCAUUUUCAACGUGCACGAUUUUUUUUUCAAAAUGUUUUGCUGUGUCGGUUAUUUUUUUUUUAAUAAUCCCUUGCUCGAAUUUUUUUUUCCCAAAAAAUUGCUGGCCAAAAAAUUGCUGUACCUCCAAUAGGCCCUGUAAUUUUCCCUAUUGAAAAGUCUCUGCACGAAUUUUUUUUUCAGACAUUUCUGGUGCACGAAUUUUUUUUUCUUUCUAUUUUCCCUGCUCGAAUUUUAUUUUUGUUCCCCCCCCCCCCAAUCACUUUUCUAAUGGUCCGUCCCUAAGCAUCGUUCCAUGCAACCAUGAUUACCAUAAUGGCCAAACCCAUAUCAUGAGCAGUGCCACACCACAUCCACUUAAGCGGAAUCAAUCCUGUCUGAGAAGCUCAAGAAUUUAGAAACUGGGUAUUAUAUUAAUCACAUUAUGUGCACUAUGUUCUUAUAAUCGGUUGUUUAAAAACUAGAUAAGUGAUGAAAAGAUAGAUGCAAUUGAGAAACAAAUUGAAAAAGAACUUGAAAAAGAAAACAAACAAAAAGAGAAGAAACAAAAUGAAAAAUCGAAGGUAUGGCUAUACUUGUGUUUUUUUUUCUUUAAAUCUCUGACCUCAAUGACAACAUUGAACUAUGUAACCGUUCUUGUCUUUGUGACUUUUUCAAUUAAUCGAAACUUGAUGCUCAAGACUUCUUUUUGCAAAACUGCUUUGCAUCUGAAAAGUGUUGGGUUCAACGCUUGACGAGUUUUUAAUUUGGACCAAGCAUAUGACAACUUGUGUGCUUUAUUACGCAGGAUUAAACCCUUUUUAACUAAGCACUGUGCUCUUCGUUUCUAUAACUCCUAGGAGUAUUAACUCAAGUCUUAUCUACUGCUCUGUAACUUGGGGAAACUGCUCAAAAACACUUUUACUUCGCAUUCUUCGACUGUAAAAGCGUGCAGCACGUAUUAUUCUAGACGCUGACUUUUCUACUCCUUCUGUUCUUCUUUUUUCCCAGAUUCGAAUAAUCCCAAUCUUUGAUCUUGUUAAAUUUAGGAAGCUUCUCUUACUAAUUAACAUUCUCACAAAUCCCAGUGCUCCAUCUUCAUUUAAGCAAAUGUUUAAAUUCUUAUCUUCUAUUCGACAACGGGCUCUGACUAGAGCUUGCGCAUAUGACCUUCAACCCCCCUUCCCGCGUACUGACUCUGGUAAACGAACAUUUCUGUACAGUGCUUCCAUUCUUUUUAAUUGCUUAGAUAGCGAUUGUAAGCAACUUGCUGCUUCGCCAUCUUGCUCUUCAUAUACUAACGCCAAACAAAAAAUUCGUAAAAUCUUUCUUAACAAGCUUAACCUUACUAACCAUAUCGAAGAUCUAUUUUGUAUAAAUUGUAAAUAUUUACUAAAUUGUAAUUGUAUUCAUUACUAAUUAUUUUUUUCUCAAAUGUAAAUAGUCGUAAUCUUUAAUACUUUUUAUGCCUGCAUGACAAAUUGUAAAUAUCAAAAUAGUGCGAGGGCCGUAUGUUAAAUAACUUUUACGGUUAAUACGUUUUCCCUCGUGAAAUAAAGUUUCUAUUCUAUUAACCCUACUUCAACUAGACAGUCACAUUCAGAUUAUGAAACAAUUAUAUUUCUAAACAGUACUGCAACAAAUCAUUACUCUAUGUGUUUCCAUGAUGUUUUCUUGUAUUUGUCUUAGAUUUGUAAAGUUAUUCCUUUUACCCCAAUGAAAUUUUUCUGCAAGGAAGGGAUUGCUAUAGCUGAGAAAGCAAUUAAACAUAAACUGGAAGAACAGUCAAAAGCCAAGUAAGAAUUGAAUGAUUGAAAAAUUUAGUAUUACUAAUCUUGUCGAGAAUAUAGUGGGGAUUUUGUACAAAUAACAUAUUCCCUUGUAACAGGGGCAAAUGCCAUGGAUCUACUGCGUGGGUACAUACACCCCCCCCCCCCCACCCUAAACAAGCAUCACUCUUAAAAAUGCUGCUUUGCCAGGAACUUCUCCUGUAAUAGCACAUGCCAAUUUCUUGAAAUGAUUUAAUUUAUUUGUGAGCUCACAAGAAAAUACUCAGUCAAGGUUGUUCAAGGGACCGGUAAUUAUUUAAGUUGGAGGCAUGAAGACAAAAGGGUAUUUUUAUGCGAAAUUUUGAAUUUUAAUUUCCAGACCCCCUAUUUUCUCUUCCUCCCCCCUCCAACAUAACCCAUUGAGCCGCAGUGCGCCCUACUUAUUUAUUUUUACUUGUCUAACGCCAGACAAUUUUACUUGUCAAAUGGGGAAGCUCUGCAGCUUAAUUAAUGGGUUAAAUAAUGACCGAUCCCUUGACUGAUAAUGACAGCCAUAUUUUCAUACAGUAUAUAUACUGUAUAGUAUUACCCUAAUUAAUUAACAAACAAAUUUGCUAUACUGUGCUACAGCAACGGUCCAGUCACACACAUGUGACAAAAAGGCUGAUAUAAACUUUAAAAGCAAAAGAUAAAAUGUAAACCCUAACAGAACGGUGAACAGGCAGAUUCGGCCAUCAGAGUAGACAGUACAGCUCCCUCAUGCACCACCCUGGCAGGGAAAACCUUCACCCCUUCUUGCAGAGGCUAGAUCCGCCCCGCAAUAUUUCACCAACUAUAAUUAUAUAGUAAUGCAAAUGUUGGAUUUACAAACCUAACUUGUAAAUAAAAUCUCACCAUUAUUAAUUCUGUUGCAGCAUCACAACAACCAUGACAUCAGUGACAACAGCAAAGCCAGUGACGACUGGAAAUCCAGCAACAACUAAAAAAAGCGAUACAGAAGAAGCUAGCCAGAAAUUUAUUAAACAGUUGGACGACUUAUUCAAAAGUAUGUAGUUUUUGGUACAUUAGUUAUUUCAGUUAAUUUUAAAAUCAUAAUAAGAAAGUGAUUAAUUAGGUAAAUUAGAGACACCAGCCAAUUAUUUUAAAUAUAUAGGCUUAAAUAUAUUAAAUAUAAAAAAAUGA